UCAUCGUCCGAUCCCGCUCAUUGGCUGAGAGGUGGAGCGUGGGCCAGAUCCGCUGCUGAUUGGACGGCGCACGAACAGCUGGGGCCGCGUGGGCCAAUGGAGGGGACAGCUGGGGCGCAUAUCGGGACCGCUGAAGGCUGUGGGCUGUAGUUGCCGUGUUCUUCGGCCAUGGCUUCGGAGAAGUCGCUCGUGGCGGUGACCUGCACCGCGCCGAUCAACAUUGCGGUCAUCAAGUAUUGGGGAAAGCGAGAUGAGGAGCUGAUCCUGCCCAUCAACUCCUCUCUGAGUGUCACUUUGCACCAGGACCAGGUGGCUCUGCAUUUUCUUUUCCAGUUAAAAACCACCACAACAGCUGUCAUUAGCAAGGACUUCAGCGAGGACCAGAUUUGGCUCAAUGGCCGGAAGGAAGACGUGGGGCAGCCACGCAUCCAAGCCUGCCUGAGGGAGAUCCGCCGCCUGGCCCGGAAGCGGAGGAGUGCCGAUGAGAAGGACCCGCCGCCCGUCAGCCUCAGCUACAAGGUUCACGUUGCAUCAGUGAACAACUUCCCCACGGCCGCCGGCCUGGCGUCCUCCGCCGCAGGCUAUGCCUGCCUAGCCUAUGCCCUGGCCCAAGUCUAUGGGGUUGAGCAUGACCUCUCCGAAGUGGCUCGCCGGGGCUCUGGCAGUGCCUGCCGGAGCCUAUACGGCGGCUUUGUGGAGUGGCAGAUGGGGGAGCAGGCCGACGGGAAGGACAGCAUUGCCCGGCAGGUGGCCUCCGAGUUGCACUGGCCCGAGCUCCGAGCCCUCAUCCUUGUGGUGAGCGCUGAGAAGAAGCCAACUAGCAGCACAGUGGGCAUGCAGACCAGUGUGGAGACCAGCGCCUUGCUCAGGUUCCGGGCCGAGGCGGUGGUGCCAGCUCGCAUGGCAGAGAUGACCCGCUACAUCAAAGAGAGGGACUUCCAGGGCUUUGGCCAGCUGACCAUGAAAGACAGCAACCAGUUCCACGCCACCUGCCUGGACACCUUCCCGCCCAUCUCUUACCUCAACGACGUGUCCAGGCGCAUCAUCCACCUGGUGCACUGUUUCAACACCCACCAUGGGCAGACCAAGGUGGCGUACACGUUUGACGCGGGCCCCAAUGCCGUGAUCUUUACCCUGGACGACACUGUGGCCGAGUUUGUGGCCGCUGUGAGGCACAGCUUCCCCCCUGAGUCAAAUGGAGACAAGUUUCUGAAAGGGCUGCCCGUGAGGCCUGCCCUGCUCUCAGACGAGCUUAAAGCUGCGCUGGACAUGGAACCCACCCCUGGCGGCAUCAGAUACAUCAUUGCUACUCAGGUGGGGCCCGGGCCUCAAAUCCUGGAUGAUCCUCUCGCUCACCUCCUGGGCCCCGAUGGCCUGCCAAAGCCAGCUGCUUGACCAGUUUCUCGACAGGAGCCUUGGCCGCUGCUUGGAGAAGGGCCGCUUUGCUGGGAGAAGGGGCCACUUUCCACUUUGCUGGGACUGGGGAGCUGCUUGUGGCGGUGCCUGUACUAUGCUUUUUGGGGCUGGUGGGUGGCCACCUCGCCCCAGGCCAGGCAGUAUGCCGGGGCUGAAUAGGGGCAGUGGAGUGACCACUUGCAGGCGCCAGGUGGUCAGGAACGGGCCCCCCACCAAGUGCCUCACCUUCCCCACCUGCACCAAUACUGUGCUGAGAUGAGGGCUGGGGUCAGAUGUGGGACCUGGGGGACCGAGCUGAUGGUGGUGAGCUGCUGGUGUGUCUCCCUGAAGGAUCUCUGGCCCUGAGCCCUGGAGCCACUCGCACUGACUGAAACAGGAGCUGGGCCACCGGAGAUGAUGGGGAGUUGGCAUCCCUCUGUGGAGCUGGAGGACCAGUCACUGCAGGGAGCUGCCUCUGCAGGCUCCAGAGCCCUCCAUAAAGUGCUUUGAACAUGACAGUUGUCCCAGCUCCUCUGCCAGAGCUCAGGCCACUGGGUGUGGACGUAACGUUUCUUCAUAAAAAGACCAGGAGUUGUCUCCAAUGGGAGGUGGGAGAGCAGCACCAUGGUGCGUUGUCACAGGGAGCCCUGUCAACAGACCACGGAGAAUAAAGCCAGCGUUGCUGAUUGGG